UACUUUGGCAACGACGCCCCCUGGUACAUCCCACGCAUCCCGCUCUUCCAGUCGAGCGACGCCACGCUCAACGAUGUCUACUACUACCGCUGGAACAUCUUCCGGGCGCACCAGCGCGACCUGGGCAGCCUGGGCUUCAUCUCGACCGAGUUCCUGGACGACGUCUCGUGGGAGCUGUUCCCGUUCGCCUCGCUCAACGACGCGACGGGCUUCCACCUGGGCGAGGGCCGCUGGCUGCGCGACAGGCGGUACAGCCACGACUACAUCGACUUCAUGUACACGUACCAUGACGAGAGCGCCACGUACGGCAACGACAGGCACUUUAGCGAGGCCAUCGCAGACGCGGUGUGGCGGACGUACCUGGUGGACGGCGACCUUGCGUCCAUCUCACAGCACCAUGCCGCCAUGGAGACCAUCUACGACGAGUGGGCCGACCACUACGACGACACCAAGUUCCUGUACUGGAUCGAGCCUCUGUACGACGCGACAGAGUACACCAUCAGCAGCAUCGACGCCUCUGGCGGGGAAGACGGCUUCACGGGCGGCGAGGCCUUCCGCCCGUCCAUCAACAGCUACAUGUACGCCAACGCCCUCGCCAUCGCCCACAUCGCCUCGGCCACAGGCGACACGGCCACAGCCGCCACGUACGAGGCCCGCGCCGCAGCGAUCCAGGGCAACUUCACCGCCAGCCUGUGGAACGCAACCCUGGAGCACUUCAUCGACCGGUACUACCAGGACGACAGCACGUACGUGACAUACUGGGACUUUAUCCGCGGGCGCGAGCUGGUGGGGCUGACGCCGUGGAACUGGGACGUCGUGCCCAACAACGAGACCUACGCGGCCGCCUGGUCGCACGCCCUCAGCACGGCCGACCUGCUCACCGGCUCGGGCCUGCUGGGCACCGUCGAGCCCAGCUACGAGUACUACAUGCGGCAGUACCGCUACGACGCCGUGACAGGGCUGCGCGAGUGCCAGUGGAACGGCCCCGUGUGGCCCUUUCAGACCACCAGCAUGCUGGGCGGCCUGUCGAACCUGCUGGACCACUACGACCAGGACGUCAUCACCGUCAGCGACUAUGUAGGCCUGCUCCGUGCCUACGCCGCUCUGCAUUAUGAUGACGCCGGCGCGCUCAACAUUGUCGAGGACUACUACCCCAACAACGGCAGCGCAUUGGUGUGGCUGGCCCGCAGCCCGCACUACUUCCACUCCGGCUUCGUGGACCUGAUCCUGUCGGGCCUGGUAGGCAUCCGGCCCCGCUCCGACGACGUGCUCGAGGUGAACCCGCUCGUCGACGGCUCCGUGGCCUGGUUCCGCGUCGACAACGUGCUGUACCACGGCCACAACGUCAGCGUGCAGUGGGACGCCGACGGCAGCCACUUUGGCACCGCGGGCUUACUGCUGAGCGUCGACGGCGCCCAGGCUAACGCCUCGUCCACGCUGCAGCGCCUCCUGGCCACCCUGCCCGCCGCCGCCGCCGCCGCCGCCGCCGACCCGCCUGCCAUCGCGAGGCCGCUCGCCAAGUCCGUUCAGCUGCAGGACUACUCGGCGUAUCCGUACGGCAACGCCUCUGUCGUGGGUGCGGAUGCCGAGCAGAUUCAUGAUGCCAUCGACGGCCGCGUGUGGUUCUGGACCGAGAUCGUCAACGGGUACGACAGCGCCGAGGGCGACGGCGAGACGUCGCAGUGGUAUUCGGUCAACUUUGGCGCCGAGACAGACAUCAGCCGUGCCGAGAUUGCGUUUUACCAGGGCGGCGAGGCUGGCUUCUACACCAGCAGCAGCAGCAGCAGCGACGCGUCGUGGGUCGAUGUCACGACCUUGGUGCAGGAGGAUGCCGUCGCCAAUGGCAUCACUAAUGUAGAGUGGUCCAGUGUGACCACCGAACAGGUCAGGCUUGUGUUUGUGCCGGCCUCUGGGACGCAAGUGCGCUUGGUCGAGUUCAAGGUCUUCUGA